UCGCAGUCACCGCCACCCACCGGCUCCGGCACCAGCAGCUGCAGCAGCCGCAGCAGCGCCGCCGCCACCGCCCACCUUCUGCCUCCGCCGCCACAACCUCCGUCUCCUCCGCGGACCUCUUCUGUCCUCGCCUGCAGUCGAGCACCAGGUGAACUUGAACCAGGAUGGCUGAGCCCCGCCAGGAGUUUGACACAAUGGAUGAUCACGCUGGCGGCUACACCCAGCUCCAAGACCAAGAAGGGGACGCAGACCACGGCUCAAAAGAGUCUUCCCUGCAGAUCCCCGCCGAGGACGGAUCCGAGGAACCAGGCUCUGAGACCUCUGAUGCUAAGAGCACUCCAACAGCUGAAGCUGAAGAAGCGGGCAUUGGAGAUACUCCGAACUUGGAGGACCAAGCCGCUGGGCACGUGACUCAAGAGGAGGUGAGAGUUCCAGGCCAGCAGAGUGAGGCGACUCAGAGGCUCCUGGGCAAGGAGUUUAGCUUUCAAGUGCAGCCUGGACUCAGCAGAGAAGUUUCUGAGGUAUCACUGCCGGCCCGGGGUGACAAGCAGCCAGAGACUUCCAUGCCGGCAACGGCUCACCUUCCUCAGCAGCGUCUGACCAGCCUGACCCCCCCUCCACCAGCCGCCCCUCGGGAGCCCACCCAAGAGUGGGGACCAGAGCCUGGGGACCGAGCCAAGGAAGGUCUGGAUGUCCUGAAGCCCUCUUCAGCCGGGUAUUUCCGCACGGAGCUGGAGAAGGUCAAGCUUCUGCAGGAAAACUUCCUCAGAGAGGGAGGGCACCUUGAAGACCAGAUCCCAGAGACUCUGGGUCACACCCAACAGCCUACCCCUGACAUGUCUGGGGCUCCUCUCCUGAUACAAGGCCCCAGAGAGGCCACAUGCCAACCUUUGGGGACAGGACCUGAGGAUCUAGAGAAAAGCCACCCAACUUCAGAGCCGCAGAAGCAGCAGUUUUUGAGAGACAAGGAGCAGCAGGGGUCACCCGGAAAGGGAGUCUGGGGCAAAGAGAGCCCUGGGGGGGCCGAGGAGGUGGAUGAAGACCGGGACAUUGAUGAGUCAUCGUCCCACAGCUCUCCCCCUUCCCAGGCCCCAGGCGGGCCGGUCCCUCAGGCAGUCUCCACAGAGGCCAGCGGCCCGCCCCAGCCUUGCCCAGCCGGGGGUGCCAUCCCGCUUCCUGUUGAUUUCCUCUCCAAAGUUUCCACGGAGACCGAGGCCUCGCCGCCUGGCUCGGGGCCCGCGGAUGAAGGGCACGAGGCUGCCCCCGAGUUCACGUUCCAUGUGGAAAUCAAAGCCAGCCCGUACAAGGAGCAGGAUUUGGAAGGGGCUGCUCUUCCGGGGGCCCCUGGAGAGGAGCAGCAGGCCCAGGGCCCCCCCGUGGGCGAGGCCACCCAAGAGGCUGGCCUUGGGGCACCACCUGAGAAGCAGCCUGCAGCUGGGAGGCCCGUCAGUCGGGUCCCUCAACUCAAAGCUCGCAUGGUCAGUAAAAGCAAAGACGGGACUGGAAAUGAUGACAAGAAAGCAAAGACAUCCACACCUUCCUGUGCUAGAACCCCGAACAGUAGGCCCUGCCUUAGCCCCAAACGCCCCACUCCUGGUAGCUCAGACCCUUUGAUCAAACCCUCCAGCCCUGCCGUGUGCCCUGAGCCAGCCACCUCUCCUAAACACGUCUCUUCUGUCACACCCCGAACUGGCAGUUCUGGAACAAAGCAGAUGAAAUGCAAGGGGGCUGAUGGUAAAACUGGAACGAAGAUCACCACACCCCGGGGAGCAGCCCCUCCGGGCCAGAAAGGCCCGUCCAACGCCACCAGGAUUCCAGCCAAGACCACGCCCAGCCCAAAGACUCCACCUGGCACGGGUGACUCGGCGAAAUCCGGGGAGCGCAGCGGCUAUAGCAGCCCGGGCUCCCCAGGGACCCCUGGCAGCCGCUCCCGCACUCCAUCCCUACCAACUCCGCCCACCCGAGAGCCCAAGAAGGUGGCAGUAGUCCGCACUCCCCCCAAGUCACCGUCUUCCACCAAGAGCCGCCUGCAGACCGCCCCGGUGCCCAUGCCGGACCUCAAGAACGUCAGGUCCAAGAUCGGCUCCACCGAGAACUUGAAGCACCAGCCUGGAGGCGGCAAGGUGCAGAUAAUUAAUAAGAAGCUGGAUCUUAGCAACGUCCAGUCCAAGUGUGGCUCAAAGGACAAUAUCAAACACGUCCCGGGAGGCGGCAGUGUGCAAAUAGUCUACAAGCCAGUGGACCUGAGCAAGGUGACCUCCAAGUGUGGCUCUUUGGGCAACAUCCAUCACAAACCAGGAGGUGGCCAAGUGGAAGUGAAAUCUGAGAAACUGGACUUCAAGGACAGAGUCCAGUCGAAGAUCGGGUCCCUGGACAAUAUCACCCACGUCCCCGGCGGAGGGAAUAAGAAGAUCGAAACCCACAAGCUGACCUUCCGCGAGAACGCCAAAGCCAAGACAGACCACGGGGCCGAAAUCGUGUACAAGUCGCCCGUGGUGUCGGGGGACACGUCCCCACGGCACCUUAGCAACGUGUCCUCGACUGGCAGCAUCGACAUGGUGGACUCGCCGCAGCUCGCCACGCUGGCCGACGAAGUGUCCGCCUCCCUGGCCAAGCAGGGUUUGUGAUCAGGCCCCUGGGGCAGCCAGUAAUCGUGGAGAGAAGAGAGAGUGAGAGAGUGUGGAAAAAUAAAUAAAUAAAUAAAAGAAUGGCCUGGCCCCUCACCCUCUGCCCUCCCUCUGCUCCUCACAGGUGGGCUAAUCAGCUCGUUGUCACCUAACCUGCUUUUGUCGCUCGGCUUUGGCUCGGGACUUCAAAAUCAGUGAUGGGAAUAAGAGCAAAUUUCAUCUUUCCAAAUUGAUUGGUAGGCUAAUAAUAAAAUAUUUUGUAAGAAAAAAAUGUAAACAUAUGGCCACACCCAACAUUUCCUUGGGCAAUUCUUUUUCUCCUCCCCCCCCCCACGAGUACUAGAGGGUGAAGGAGAGGCUCUGCAAGCUGCUUCUGGGGAAUUUCAAGGGACUCAGGCACCUGUUGCCUCCAGCAUCAUCCUGGGGGCCUCCAGAGACAGUGGCAGCAAGCAAGGGUUUGCAGUGCAGCGUGUUGUGGAGUGAGUGGGACGGGCAGGCAGGGGAGGCCACGCGGGGAGGGGGGAUGUGAGGGAAGCUGAUCAGGACGAGCCGGGACCCUGGCCAAGCCGAGCGCUUCGGGAAUGGCAGCAGGAAAAACAAACGGCGGCCACAGCCAUCCGAGACUGCCCCGCCUCCUGUUGGGGGUGGCCCUGGGGUGUGAUGCAUGUGGGUCAGUGUGUCCCCCUUCUGGAGGGCAGCCUGUGGGAGAAGCAAGGUGCGCUGGAAGGUGGCAUCCUGUGGAUUACUUCCGUGGAAAAAGUUGACCUUGGCAUCCCUGAGAGCUGGCCCCUCCCUCCCUCCCUCCCUGAAGGGUGAAAGGCUGAGCUGAGGGACUUCCCACUCUGCCCCAUGGAGCUGUGCUACUGAGUUCCGAAGACUGGACCACAGCCGCGAUCUUGGCCGCUCUUGUAGACCCGUAACCUUAGGGCUAACCAGUUCUCUUUGUAACGUCUCUGUGCCUCUUGGAGGCCAUCCUCCUGUCCCCAAGCCUGGGCCUCCAGCGCCUCUGCAGUGUCUGGGAGGUGGGUCCCAAGCCUCCCAUCCCUCCCAUGGCCACCGCCCAUCGCUCCGUGCCCACGUGUCUGCCGGCCUCACCGUGUCUCACGUCCUGAGUGCCCACCCUGCCCUCAGCCCCAGUCCUGCCCUGGGGUGGAUGUGGACAGCAGCUGCUCUACUUUCUCCAAAGGGCACCAGGCACCAGGGCUGAGGCUCAGCUGCCUGCCACAAGUUCUAUUCAUCCAGCCGGGAGUGCCUCUCACAAGGACUCUUGUUUUGUUCUCCCUCCAACUUCCCACCCCAGGGUGGGGCUCAGUGAUGACCCUGGACGGUUAUUUUUUGUUUUUGCCUUCUUGGUAGAUAGCCUUUGCCCACUUUGCUGGUGGCGGCAGGUGUGGUGCCAAUGCUGGCACCAGGAUGGUUAGGCAAGACUCCCAGGCCAGGGCCACAGUCCUUCCGUACCCCACUUCCACCUCAGCUCGUGACUGCCAACCUCCCAGCGCCCAGCUGUCAUUCAAAUCCACGUGCACGGAAUCCGCCCUCCACGCCCCUACUUGGGGAACAUGCCCCUCGGAAAUGUGUCCCCCAGUCAGUCCCAGCGGGAGCAGUGCCGCCUGUCUGCUGGAGCAGCCUUCUGCUCACCUCCAUGGAUGUGGCCCUCCCCUCCCCAUCCACAUCCCGUUACACUGUAGUUGGAUUUGUCUCUUUAUGUUUGGAUUCACCAGAGUGACUGAUAGUAAGAAGAAAAAAGAAAAAGAAAAAAAAAAAAAAACGGACGCAUGUUAUCUUGAAACGUUUGUCCAGAGGUUUCUAGCCCACCCUCGGGGGCCCUGGAUGUCUCUCACCCUCAGCAAGACUUGGCUCUAGACCAGUGUGGCUCUACCAUGCUGGGAUAGCCCACAUUUUCAGGGGUUUUCUCUGCAUCUGGGAUCCCCUCCAGACACUGGAUUGUGACAUCAGAGGACUCUCAACUGUGAAGGCCUGAAGCACAGGGCCUGUGGGCCCCCUUGGUCAGGGGAAGCUUGUGGCUGGCUGGGUUUGCAGUGUGAAGAUGGUUCUGUCUUCUCACAGCAGCCCUGAGAGAGGGUCUUGGGACUCCUGUAUCACAGGUAAAAGGACGCUAGUGCCAGGUGGGAGAAAGUCACAGCCCCCCGGGCCUUCAGCAGCCGUCCCUCAGGCCUGGCGCUCUCUGAAGGUCAGCCCAGAGCUCUUCAUUAGAGGGAUUGGGCUAGACUGCCUGCCUGAGGAAGGGGAACGAGCCAGGAGACCCCUUGGUUAGUUCCUUAGGCUUCAUCAGGCAACUGACCUGCACAAGCGGUUUUGGGAAAAGCAGAGAGGCCUUUGCAAGCAGCAGCCUCUGACUCAGCUCGGCCACUUUUGGUUGGGGUAGGGGAUGCAGAGCUUCUCCUUGAAGGAUUUAUAGGGGCCCCAAACGUUGCAUGGUGAGGUUCCCCACUGUCUUCUCAGCUGUCCUCAGGCAUGGAUGUUGUGAGGAAGAAAAGGCAAGUGUGGACAGGGCCCUUCACUGCGGCCCUUUCUAUGUGGGCUGCUUUUGCAUGUUGCCCCUCCUGCUCCUGCAUGAGGUGGGGGUCUGCCAUCUCUCCUGUAUGAGGUGGGGGCCUGCCAUCUCUCUUAUAGGGUGGGCUGCUGGGGGUCAGCCCAAAGAGCAUGGCCUAGGGUGAUAAGAUCAGUGCUAACAAGUAGAUUGCAAAGGGGUGCUAGCUUGUGACUUGAAUGAAGACAAUUCAUUCCUCCAGGGCUGGGCAUUCCUCCCCUCCUUUCAUGGCACCCCCUCCCCAAGAGCCAAUGUCCCUGGGAGGGCUAUUAGAUAGUAUAUACCUUACGCCUGGUUCCUCCAGGGUUUUAAUUCACUUUAUUAAUAGUUCCAUUUAAAUCGACUUCAAUGGUGAGACUGUAUCCUGUUUUCGAUUGCUUGUUGUGAUGUAGGGGGAGGGGGAGGAAGAACAUGGAAGAUAGUUCACAGGGGUAAAAGGAAGUCUUGGAGUGCAGCAGCUAGGCGGUCUGCAACCCUUUUUGUGAUUUCAACCACCUUGCUGGAGAAGUGUUACGGGGUGGGCAAGAGUAUAGGCCUCACAGCUUUGCUGAUCCACCCACAGGCAAGAGACAGAGGCAGCCAGCUUAGCUCCCUUGCUUUCUCAGCCAGAAGCAGCUAUCUGGUGUGCACAGGAAUCUAGAACUGUUCUGGUCUGUUGCCCUCCUGUGGAGCCCACAAUCAUGCCUUCCUGAAACCCUGGCAUUCUUCCCUCUAAGCCAUGGGCACCUCAGAAUCAUCUCUAGACUUGUUCCAGACCCUCAGUCUACACUCCCAGCAGCUGCUGCAAGCUCUUCCUUCACAGCCAUCUUUGUUCCUCAGCAACGUGAGACGCAGGGAUGAGGGCAUAAGUGGUCGUCAGCUGUCGGUCACAAGCCUCUCAACUUCUCUCUGGCUUCUGAAAGGGUUCCGUGGGCAGUGACCCAGUCUAACGGAUGUAGCCUGUGCAUCUGCUGUGCUGGGCAGGACGAUUUCCAGCACUUGCAAGUCCCAUGAUUUCUUUGGUAACUUUGAGGGUGGGGGGAGGGACAUGAAAUCAUCUUAGCUUAGCUUGUCUGUGAAUGUCCAUAUUGUGUAUUGUGUAUUUUAACAAAUGAUUUACACUGACUGUUGCUGUAAAAGUGAAUUUGGAAAUAAAGUUAUUACUCUGAUUAAA